UGCGUUCCACAGCCCGAAUCACAUGACACACCGCACUUCCGGUUUCACAACCGACGGUGGCUCUGGAACUACAGGCACUACAGGUAACCGAAUUUCACCAUCUCUCAUCCAUUGCCCUUAUAGACCAUUCACAUAUACUCCUACAGAUAUGUCCAAUUCAGCAUUUGUCUAUUUUUGACUGAGUCAUACAUGGACAAACCGGAAGUGACAUCACUUCCUUAUCACAUUUAAACAUCUCCCCUUCCACCUCAGUUUCCUGAUGCCUCCAGCGACCAUAGGUUGCACUUCAGACUACCUCCACACACGGCUAUACGCCGGCUCUUUACUCUGACCUCCACAGCAAUCCGGAUCUGAUGAAGGUCCAGGUAGGACCGAAACGUCAUACUGUUUAACUAUUGGAUUGCUAAUAAAAUCUAAAUCUACUUCACCGUGAGAAGUGGUGUGCGAAGUUUUUUCUUUUAUAUGUACGUAAGGAUUGGGAUUCCUAACUCCAGCACCCACGACAUUUUUGAGAGUGACGUAUUUCUGCAUUGAAUAUACUUUCCCUAUACGGUCACUUCAACUGAAGAAUGGCUAGUAACGUCUUUCAUUAUGAUCAAGACGAGACCGACAGAAUAAUAGCAAGGACCACUCUGUCCAGUGAUUUUCUUCAAGUUCCAUCAUAUGAAUUUCGCACACGCGAACUGGAACGGGAGUCUCGACAUCUAGUGAACCUCGAACUCCAUUGUGCCACAUUAACAGAAUAUCUGAAAGUUCAUAGAAUACCACGUGGACUUCGUGUUAAAUUGAGACCCACAAUCUUCAGCGACAAGAAAGAUUAUUGUGAUUUUUUUAUACAAAUUUUGAACAAAUGUUCAAAUGACAUCAUGACACUUACAGUGGACUUUCUGCAAAAAGAAAUUAAGCUGCUACAGGAUAAGGUGAAAACCAUUGAAGCACAGCUGGAUACCGCUCUCAAUCCAGAGGAAUUGACCAGAACAAAAGAACGAUUGACGAUGAAUCUUGACAAACAUAAGAAAGACUCAGAAAAGAAGAAAAGAGACAAAUUUGUCCGAGAUACCGAGGACUAUCUACAGAAUCAUGUGUACAGAUGGCAAGACCCCAUCAUCGGACAGAGACCCUAUUAUUCUAAUAGAGGAACAUCACAAGAUACAUACUCAUCAAGUUCCGAGGGCAAUGAAGCCUACUAUGGAAGAGGUCGUCCCGGCGGGAGACGCCGCCCACAGAGAAGGAGGGGUGGGUUUGGAGUUCCGAACAUAACAGAGAGUACCACGACUACUAGAUCACAGGUGCGCUGAGGAUACUAUCUCCGGACCAAUGCUGUGGGGGCCCACCUAUUCUCGUAUCCUUUCAGACAUUUUAUUAUCCCCCUAACACUUAAAGUCGGUUAUCUGCCAUUCUGUUGAUCCUUCUCAUGUUUGCUUCUUUUUUUCGUUUUUCCCAUUUAAUGCACCUCUCACACCUCUAUACUUUUUCUUAUAUUACUUUUUGAUCCCACAUUUUCCCUAUUUCAUCACACAUAAUCCUCUACGUACAUAUCCCCCCUUAUGGCUACCCCUUCCUCUAUUCAUCAGCCCUUUUUCAUUUAUAACGCCUUGUUCCCAUAUAUCAU